AGGACUUUUCCCUUUUCACCUGCCGAAACGGAAUGUAUUUUUUUUCCCCUUUUUGUGAAACAAUUUGCCGCCUUCUUCCUAUUUGGGGCUGUAAAGGACAAUGAAAAGUUAAAUGAUUUCCUUCACUGAGUUUUAGUGAUUGCUUUUUAGACUUUUAUCACCGCCGACUCUUUCCCCUGCUGAGCUUGUAAAGUUUUGGUCCUCAAACCCAAAGACUGUGAGGGACCAAAUUGUACCCACGGGGGCAGACGUUAUAAAAACACUUAUUUUCUCCCUGCUUUAUGUUUUCCUCUGUGUUUCGUGUCUGUACAAAGUGCGUUGGCUUGGCGCGGCGCGGCUCCAGCCGCUGGACGACGCGUAAAGCUUCACAUCUGGAUCUGCAGAAUGCAGCGUCAUUUCAGCCCACAACUUGUGCAGCCUGAUGAAAAGUGGAUCAGUCUGACAAGUUCUGUUCACAGUUUAUUGUAACAGCGGAAACAAAUAUUUCAACCUUGGAACCAUCCUUAAGCGCAAUGAUUUUAACUUUUUUCAUUAUACUGUCCUCCUUGGAUUCCGCGUCCGCGUUGAAGGGCGACAGCAGCAGCAGCUCCGGGUCCGGGUCCCGCUCCGGCCGGCUGGACUGUGUCAGGGCCAGCGAGCAAUGUCUGAAGGAGUACUCGUGCAGCACCAAGUACCGGACCAUGAGGCAGUGCGUGGCGGGCAGGGAGAGCAACUUCAGCGCGGUGACCGGACCCGAGGCGCAGGGCGAGUGUCGCAGCGCCAUGGAAGCCAUGAAGCAGAGCCCGCUGUACAACUGCAGGUGCAGGAGAGCCAUGAAGAAGGAGAAGAACUGUCUGCGGAUCUUUUGGAGCAUAUAUGAGAGCUUACAAGGUAAUGAUUUAUUGGAAUACUCUCCAUAUGAACCAGUCAACAGCCGGCUCUCAGACAUCUUCCGCCUGGCUCCCAUCAUAGCAGUUGAGCCGGCGUCCACGAAGGAAAACAACUGUCUGAAUGCUGCCAAAGCCUGUAACCUGAAUGAUACUUGCAAGAAAUACCGCUCGGCUUACAUCAACCCCUGCACUAGCAGGGUGUCUGCUUCUGAGGUGUGCAACAAGCGCAAAUGCCAUAAGGCCCUGCGACAGUUCUUUGACAAGGUCCCAACCAAAUACAGCUAUGGGAUGCUGUUCUGCUCGUGCGCAGCGGGAGAUCAGACGGCAUGCGCCGAACGCAGACGACAAACCAUUGUACCAGUCUGCUCCUACGAGGACAAAGACAAACCAAACUGUCUCUCUCUUCAGAACACGUGCAAGACCAACUACAUCUGCAGGUCGAGGCUGGCAGACUUCAUCAGUAACUGUCAGCCAGAAGUUCGCUCUAUAUCUGGCUGUCUCAGAGAGAACUACGCUGACUGUCUGCUGUCUUACUCAGGUCUUAUCGGUACAGUAAUGACACCUAAUUAUGUGCGGUAUUUUGGUCUCAGUGUGUCACCGUGGUGCGACUGCAGCAGCAGUGGGAACAGCAAGCCCGGCUGUGAGAAAUUUACCACGUUUUUCACCAACAAUCGAUGUCUGCGUAAUGCCAUCCAGGCAUUUGGAAACGGUACUGACGUUGGCGUUUGGCAACCCCAACCCCCUAUCCUGCUCACUCCGGAGCCGAGCCUCACGCGGCGGCACAAAGCUCAAACCAACAAUGCUGUGCUGACAGAUGUGACCAAAAUGGAUCUGAACAGCGACUCCUAUCACAUCUGCGGGACCUUACAGGCCAAAAAACUGGUAUCAAAUCAAACAGUGGACACUGCUCUUUGUGUGAACCAUCAACUGGAUGAGUCCAGUGCUCUCAAUGCCGUGGCGAGAAGCUCCUCAGCAGAACCCGCCUGCUUACGGUCCUCAACCGUGUUCCUGGCCGCGCUCUUUGCUUUUACAUCAACAGUACCAGAGCUCAAAGACCUCCAGCUUUUGUAGGAACCAUGAAAAAGAUCAUCCUACAUGUCUCAAGAAGAAUCCAUUCAUUCUCUACACACGCUUCAUCCUGUUGGGGGAUGUACGGCCCGGACAGAUCAACAACCAUCCCAGAGACAAACCAGACAAACAGCCACGCACAUUUACACUUCUCUAGUUGCAGUUUAACCUCUUCAAAUGUAGACACUUGCCCGACGUGCAACGUUUCUGAAUAACAGAGUGAUAUCAUAAGCAAAACUGGACUAUUGAUGUGGAUUAUAUUUGUUAACUGUUGCGUUUAGCAACAGCACCACUUAAGGAGAUAAACAUGAAUCCACUACUUUUUCUGGAGCCCGUGCAACCAGUGCACAAAUGACUGACUGGACUGCCAACAUGCUGAACUGUCGUUGGAUCAGUCUGGUUAAUAAACCUGGACAAGAGAGAAAUGGAGAGGUUACAAUAUGGCUCAGCAACGAUGAAUUGUGUGGAAUAUGAUACAAAAAAAAAAGGUACAUUUGAGUUCAUUAAAAAGUUCAAUUUGUCGGAGAAUCCUCAAAGGGCAAAGACACAUCCGGCGGAAGAAAGUAACAAUUUCCUCUUGUAUCUCUUCUAUAUGUUUGGUAUUAGGUAUAGAUCAGUUUUGUAGAUUUGGUUGUCAUGGUGGUUCGUGGCUUUAUCACAUCACUUCUGAAAAAGAACAUUUGGUACAUAUAAUACACACGUGUACACCCUGUGACAGUAUGCUGCUGUUGGCUUGUAACAUAUUGUCUGUAAUAUUUGGAGAGUCUAUGUGAGUACAGGUGACUGAGGUCCCUCAGCUUUAUCCAGCCUUGCUGUGAUUAAACAAAUGUGAGAUGUGGUUCGUUUCGCUUGUGUUCAUAGAUAUGACUUAAUUUAGUGAUUCUAUCGUGAUGGGAACAGUAUUUUCUGUUAAAUAUCACAGUAUUUGUCAUCGCAACACAAGGAAUUUACAAAAAGGUCUUUCAUAGCUAAAAGGUUCACUAUGUUUUAUAGUUUGAUCCAAAUUUUUGAGACUGCCACUAUUUUAUUUUGUCCAUCACAUCUGGGUAAAAAGCAAAAGAACAAAGAUUCAGUGAAUAAAGGUUAUAAACGUACCCGAAAGCAGAGAGAAUGCAAAACAACGCUCACAGACGUUAAGUGUAGCAAUUAUAUCUGAUUUGAAGAGACAAAAAAUAGAUGAAAAUAUGUAUUUAGUACAUGUUAACAGUUUUAAUGAUCAAAUACAUUCAGAAGAAAUGGAUGACAUAAUCAAAGCUUGUAAAAAUCCUUCUCAUUUCUAAAACAGCGUAAUGUCAGAUCUCUGUUGAUAUGUAAACAAAGGCCCAUAAUGCUGUAUUCUGUA